UCCAACCUUUAUAUAUGCCUGGCCACAUAGCUCCUACAUUCAGCUCCUUCUACACGUUAUUUCUUCCAUCUUCAUCUUCAACAACCACACCGGCUUCCUCCAUGUCUUUGAACAUGGUGCCCAAUUCUUAUGCUUCUACUGACCUGGAAGGCGCCAAGGGAAAUGGAUUUUUGGGAUUGAUGCAAGAGAUGGAAGCUCCUGCAGCCAGUUUAAAUGUCGACAACAUCUCUCAAAACAGAGGGCUUGUUGGGUCUGUAACUAGUGAAGGAAGAUUGGAGAAGAAAAGGGGAGAGAAGAAGACAAGAAAGCCUAAGUAUGCUUUUCAAACAAGGAGCCAGGUUGAUAUACUUGAUGAUGGCUAUAGAUGGAGAAAGUAUGGUCAAAAGGCAGUGAAGAACAACAAAUUCCCCAGAAGCUACUAUCGGUGCACACAUCAAGGAUGUAAUGUGAAAAAGCAAGUUCAAAGAUUAACUAAAGAUGAAGGAAUCGUGGUGACAACCUAUGAAGGAACGCAUUCUCAUCAGAUUGAAAAGUCUACAGAUAACUUUGAGCAUAUCUUGAGGCAGAUGCAAAUCUACUCCUGAAACCCUUGUAACCAAGUCCCUGCAUUAAGUUAGAUAGAAGAAAUUGUAGCAGUAGAUCAAUCGCUUAGACUUGUAUAUUAAGCUAGUGUUUUGGUUAUUAUCUCGGGCUAGAAGAGACAUAAACAAUGAAGAUAGAAAAGAUAAAAUAAAGAAGGAGAUGGAGACAAAAUCUUGUUU